UUGUGUUGAGCCGGAGGGAGGCUCGUAGGAACCUUUUUAAAGGGUUCCUUGGCGAGGGGCGCGACGUCCGCACCGCUUCUCUAUCGGUGUCGCUGAGCGAACGCCAGACAUCGAUGCCGGCGGAUUUUACAAGGAGAGUGCAUGGUGGAGAGAGACACCGCGGUUUGGAUGCGGCGUGGGUGAGGAGGCACCGGGGCGCAUUUUCUGCUGCUGUGCGUCCCUUGCGGCCCGGCGAGCGAACUUCUGCUUGGAGAGAUGGGGGUGCCCGAGCUUUACUUUGGUCGGCCACUGGCCCGGUUCCUUUGCGGCCUGCUCGGCUGCGUCCACUGAUUUGCCCACAGCCUGCGACGAUGUGGGCGGCGGCGCUUGCCUGCUGA